GGAACUGGAUAUGCAGUAAUGCAUGCUAGGCGUGAUUGAUUUUCUGAACAAUGUCGAGAAUUACUAAGUGGAAGAUUGAGAAGACAAAAGUAAAGGUGGUUUUCCGGCUCCAAUUCCAUGCUACACAUAUUCCACAAUCUGGAUGGGAUAAACUGUUUAUCUCCUUCGUUCCUGCGGACUCUGGGAAGGCUACAGCAAAGACAACCAGAGCAAAUGUGAGAAAUGGAACCUGCAAGUGGGCAGAUCCAAUAUAUGAAACUACAAGACUCCUCCAAGACAUUAAAACAAGACAAUAUGAGGAGAAGCUUUAUAAACUUGUUGUGGGGAUGGGUUCUUCACGAUCUAGCAUUCUUGGUGAGGCCAACAUCAAUCUGGCUGAUUUUGUUGAAGCCUUGAAGCCGACAGCUGUCGCUUUGCCUCUUAACGGAAGUGAGCCUGGAAUCACACUCCAUGUCACCGUGCAGCUUCUCACUUCCAAAACUGGUUUCAGAGAAUUUGAGCAGCAAAGGGAACUCAGAGAGAGGGGUCUACAGAUAACCUCUGACCAAGGAUCUCAUGAUGAAUCUGCUGAUAGCAAAGAGUCCUCUCCAGACCAGAAUGUCAAUAGUCAUAUAAAUAAGGUCAAUUCAAGAAUGAAAUUGAAAAGAGAAUCUAAAGAUCUCCCCCAUAUUUCUUCACCUGAAGGAGAAUCAGGGGUUAAUGAAGAGUAUGCAGACUCAGCUGCUGGAUUUGAUGGCUCUUCUUCUACUUCAGAAAGCAUAUAUACUGAGAAGCAUGAUAUCUCCAGUACACAUGAAGUGGACAGCCUUAAAAGUGCUAUCUCUGGUGAUUUAGGUGGACUAUCCCUCAGUCAAAGUCCUCAGCCAGAGAAAGGAGAUGCGGUUGAUAAUCAGUUUCCGUCACAGAGCAGUGAUUGGGCCCAUGGUUGGAGCAUAGAUUAUUCGGCUGCCAAUAAUGUGGCUGCUGCUUCUGAAGAUAGUAACAAUAGCAGACUUAAGGGAAAUUUAGAAGCAGUUGAGUCAUCUAUUCUUGAUCUAAAAUUGAAGGUUAGCAGUUUGCAAAAUGAUGCUGAUGAAAUAGGUGUUGAAACACACAAGUUUUCUGAGCAACUUGCUGCUGAGAUAUCAUCUGGAGAAGAGCUAGCAAAAGAGGUUGCUGUACUAAAAUCAGAGUGUUCAAAGUUCAAAGAUGAAUUUGAGCAGCUUAAAAGUUCUAAGUUAAGCUUAGCAUGUACUCUUAGAGAACCUACUGAGACAGAUCAGGAUAAAUUAUUUCAAAAGUUACAGCUUAAAUGGCUUCAGGGAAUUUUGCUCAUGGAAGAUAAGUUAAAAGAUAUUCAGAAGGUGUCUAUGGGAUUUCCUGAAAGGGAUUUUAGGUUCCUUAACUUGGAGUUAGAAGCUCUGGUUGAGAUUUUGCAGGAUCUCAAACAAGAAUCUGGAGAGCCGAUUUUGGGGAUCGAUGUUGCCAAUGGAAGAGAGAACAAGAAAAUAGAUUUGCAUAAAGGUGAGCAAUUUUUAACAGAUAUCGGGUCUGAUGCAGGUGUAUUUCAGCCUGAAAGCAUGACUCAUUAUCUUACCAUACCUGGCCUUGUUCCUCAUGAGUCUGAUUCUGCAGAUCCUACCCUUGCUAUGAAAGAGAAAAUUUUUGAACUUCUAAGAGAGCUAGAUCAGUCCAAAACUGAAAGGGAAAGCCUUGUACGGAAAAUGGAACAGAUGGAGUGCUACUAUGAAGCUCUUAUUCAGGAACUUGAGCAGAAUCAAAGGCAGAUGAUGGCUGAGUUGCAGAACCUCAGGAAUGAACAUUCGACUUGCCUAUACACAAUUUCUGCUGGUAAGACUGAGAUGGAGAGAAUGCGCCAGAAUAUGAAUGAGCAGAUAAUGAAAUUUUCUGAAGACAAGCGCAUUUUGGAAUCUCACAACAAUGAGUUUGAAAGAAGGGCUAUUUCUGCAGAAGCAGCUCUUAAAAGGGCUAGAUUGAACUAUUCUAUUGCUGUUGGUCAAUUGCAAAAAGAUCUUGAACUGCUUUCUUGCCAGGUUCUUUCUAUGCAUGAGACAAAUGAGAAUCUCAUAAAGCAGACCUUUUCUGAUUCUUCACUUCCAAAUACUGAGGGUUGCCCAGAACCCAUGAAAUAUCCUAAAAAUUCAGAAGGUCAUACUUCCAAUCUAUUGCUAUGCCAAAAUCAGAGUACUUCCUUGCAUAGACAACAUUUUGGUGAAGCCAUUUUACUAACCGAUUUGAAAAGAUCACUUCAGUUACAAGAGGGUUUAUACAAACAGGUUGAAGAAGAAAUCUGCCAAAUGCAUUUUGUAAAUAUAUACUCAGAUGUGUUUUCUAAGGCUCUACAUGAAACAUUGCUUGAAGCAAGUCUUGAUAUUCAACUCAUGAAAGAGGAAAUUGUUCAACUCUCUAAGCAGCUGCUGCUCUCAAAUGAAUCCAAUGAGUUACUGGUGCUGAGGCUGCAGAAUGCUAUGAAUGAUAUCCUCUCGCUAAAUGAGUACAAGGAGAUUUGCACAGCAAAGAGCAAUGAUAUUGCUCACCAGAACCAAAUUUUAGAAGCAAAUUUAAAAGAUCUUGCUCUUGAAAAUAAUCUUCUUACUCAGAAAAUUAAUGAGUUGGAAGUUUUUCUGACAGAGUAUAGAAGUUGUGAGAGUAAAUACAUGGUAUGCAGUGCAGAAAAUACAGAGUUAAAGAGUUUGUUGAAAAAAGAGAGCCUUGAAAAGGAACAUCUUCGUGAUGAAAUAUCCAUUUUUCAGGAAGAGUUAAAAGCUAUCAGAACGAAAUUUGAUGAGCUGGCUUCUAUGAAGGAUAAUCUGCAGAAUGAUGUGAUAUUUUCGUCUAAUAAGUUGCAGAAAUUGCUGGCAUCGUAUGAUGAUAGAUACAGUGAACUUUCUCUUUGUAGUAGAUCUGCUUCUUUGGAUUCAGAAUGUGAAGACUUAAGAGGUCUCUUAUUGCGACUAGAAGAGCUUCAACAGAGUGCAUUUGAUAGAAUCCUGCUACUCAUUGAAGAGAAGAAAAAUUUAGUCAAUGAAAAACAUAUGGCUCAAGUAUCCUUAAGUACAGCUGAAUCACGUGUUUUAAUCAUGAAACAGAAGUUUGAGCAUGAUUUACAAGAGAUGGGAAGUAACAUAAAUGUGUCUAGUGCCCUAUUGGAGAAACUUCAAUUAGAUUUUGAGGUGCUCGUUGACAGGAUAAAGGCUGGUUUUGAAGCUGAGGAAAUUUACUCUCAACAUCACAAAGAGCUUUUGUCUGGUCUUGAUCAUUUGGAAGCUGAUCUACAACAACUUAAUUCCAGAAAUCAGGACCUUAAUCAAGAAAUUAUAAAGCUAGAUACUUCAUCUAGUGACCUAGAAAUGUGUAAGCUGACCUUAGCAGCAAUCACAGAGGAAAAGAAAGCUUUGGAGUUGUCUUUACAGGACAAAACAGAAGAAUCUGCCAAUAUUUCAUCUGAGCUUAAUUUUUUGAAAAAAAGCUUGUAUUCUCUGCAGAAUGAGAUGCAUGCUGAGAAAACUGUCAGAGAAAAAGUGGAGAAAACAGUUAUGGAUCUUACCACAGAAUUGAAUGAGAAGCAAUGCCAGCUGCAGGAUUCUGAUAUGAACAGACAAGAGUUGUUCCAUCUCAAGCAAUUGGUCAGAGACUUAGAAUUUGAGAAAUCAAGAAUCUCAGAUCUUCUACAGAAAUCUGAGAAACAUCUUAAAGAUGCUUUAAAAGAAUCUUCUUCUAUUAGUUGUCUGGAAACUCACUUAUCUGAAAUGCAUGAAUUUUCAAUAGCUACAGAUGUUGUUAUGAUUUUUACCAGAGCUCAGUUUGAGGGUCAUAUGGAGGAUCUUAUUGAGAAACUACAUUCCACUUGCAGGCAAUUGGAUGUGCUUCACAAGAAGAAUCUAGCUGUAGAAACUGAAUUGAAUGGCUGUCUUUGCAGAGAAUUGACUUGCAUUGAAGAAAAUACAACAUUGUUGACAAGUCUUGACUUCCUAAAAUCCGAGUUAGAGGCAUGUGCUGCUCAGAGUAGAGCACUAGCUGAUCAAAAUAGUGCAAUAAUAUCAGAGCUUAAGGAGCACAAGAGUAAAACAGAGAAUGUCAGCCAUACUUCUCAUGUACGUGAAAGCCAGUGUGUCCUUGAGGUUGCAAGGCUGGAGCAAUUGCUGGCAAGUUGUACCAGAGAUGCUGAAGAACUCUUUUUGUCCAAGGAAGAAGCUGAAUUCAAAUGUGUAGUUCUCCGGGCCAAAUUGAAUGAACUGGAAACUGCAAUUACUUCGCUAAAACAAUCAAAUAGUGAGCUGAUAAGGCUGCAGAACCAAUGUAAUGAGCUUACCAAGAGGCUUUCUGAACAGGUUUUUAAGACAGAGGAGUUCAAGAAUUUGUCUAUUCAUUUGAAGGAACUGAAAGACAAGGCUGAAGCUGAGUGUCUUAAUGCCCGUGAAAGAAGAGGACAUGAAGGACCACCGGUUGCUAUGCAGGAAUCUUUGAGAAUUGCAUUUAUCAAGGAACAAUAUGAAACAAAAUUGCAGGAACUAAAACAGCAACUGUCUUUGUCAAAAAAGCAUAAUGAGGAAAUGCUGUGGAAGCUACAAGAUGCAAUUGAAGAAACUGAGAAUAGAAAAAUGUCUGAAGCUUCUCAUAUAAAAAUAAAUGAAGAGCUGGGGAUGAAGAUCUUGGAAUUAGAGGCUGAGUUACAGGCUGUACUUUCUGACAAACGCAAUUUGUCAAAUGCUUAUGAUCUGGUAAAGGCUGAAAAGGAGUGCUCAGUGAUAACCCUUGAAUGCUGUAAGCAAGAAAAGCAAGAGCUUGAAGCUUCUCUUCUAAAAUGCAAUGAGGAGAAGUCCAAAAUUGAAGCAGAGCUUACAUUUGCGAAGGAAUUGACUGAGACUUUGACAUCUCAUGUCAAUGUUCUGAAUGAGGACAAUGACAUGUUCUCUUCUUCAUCGAAUCCUAAAGAGAUAUCUACUCGGGUAGCUUGCGGUCCCGAGCCAGAGAGAGCAAAUUUACUCAUCAAUAGGCAACCAGAGGACCCUCUUGCAUUUAGAGUUAUAAAUGGAUGCCAAACUCUUGGAACUGAAGAGGACUUGCAACAACAUGAAGAAAAGAAGCAUGUGGCUUUAACUGAAAGUUUGAAAUCUAGCAUUGACCACUUGAAUAAGGAGUUGGAAAGGAUGAAAAACGAGAAUUUGCUUCCUCCAGUAGAUGGUCAUAGCCACGAGCCAAGUUUCCCAGGUCUGCAAAGAGAACUGAUGCAGCUACAUGAGGCCAAUCAAGAGUUAGGAAACAUAUUCCCUUUGUUCAAUAGAAUCUGUGUUAGUGGUAAUGCAUUAGAAAGGGUGCUUGCUUUGGAGAUCGAGCUUGCUGCAGCGUUGCAGGCCAAGAAGUCAAGCAUCCAGUUUCAGAGUUCUUUCUUAAAACAACACAGUGACGACGAAGCAGUAUUCCGGAGCUUCAGGGACAUCAAUGAGCUAAUUAAAGACAUGUUAGAACUGAAGGCAAGACAUUCUGCUAUGGAAACAGAAUUGAAAGAGAUGCAUGACCGUUACUCUCAAUUAAGUCUUCAAUUUGCAGAGGUUGAAGGUGAGAGACAAAAACUCAUGAUGACUCUUAAGAAUACUCGAGCAUCCAAGAAGGCUCCAAAUUCAUCAACCUUCUUCGGGGACCAUUCCUUAUAGUCAGUCACACUAAGGCAGCAUUUUUUUUAGUUUUACCUCCUUAUGCAGGCUAAUAAUUCAUGCUUGGUUCACAUAUUCGUGGCCCCAUCAUAUCUUACUAUUUUGUUUAUUUAUAUAUAGAUUAUGCUAUAUAAGGGGCUCCAUCAUCUAUGGCGAGAGUUAUAUUUUUGCAAGGGAUGGUAUGGUAUUAAUUAUAUCAUUUUCAAGGUUAAGAAGCAGAUAUAAUUUGUGUAAAUAAAAUAGUGUUUUGUCCUUGGCUCUUAGAAUACAAGUGUAUAUCCCUGUAAU